AUGGACGGACAACGGCCGCAGCAGUACAUACCAGUCCCCCCGCCUUCCUCGGCGACACAAUCCUCUCAAUCGCACAUAAUCCCCUUACCACCGCCGCCGCCGCGUUACCCUCCCACUCAAUCCCAGGGUGUGAUGCUUCCCCCUCCCCCUGGACCGCCUCCAGGCACGGCGUAUGGAACUUCCAAACUCACCAAUCCCCAACUGCAACACCAGAAUACACUUGGGUGGCAGCAACAGAGCUGGGCAAGACAAGCGCUGUCUCAAGGAUAUCUUCCACCUCCUCCGCCUCCCCCAAUGGUACCUACGAACCAAUCUCCGUAUGGGCGUCCGGCAGCUCUAUCGAUCCCUUCGGCUGAAACGCGCACAUCUGCGACUUAUGUGCCUCAAGCUGGCACCUUUGGACCGGGUGUGGGGAUACCACCAUUCGAUGUACACUCCACCCCCACGUACGAAAGCCUGGGAACAAUGCAGUCCAGCGAUAGACAGCGGAUACCUUCCACUCAAGCCUACGAAUAUGCCGGCACGGACUCCUCUACAUAUAAGCGAGACUCCAACCAUCCCCCCACACCUUCAACUCGCAAUCUCCCUUCCUCGUUAGCCGUCAAUGAUGGUGCUCAUGACAUAGCCUCGACGGGGUUUUCCGCCGCGACCGUGCAAAAUCCGGUCCAACAGAUGUCAGCGCCACCCGCUGAACUCACAAAGUCAGCCAGUCAUCGUCAUAACAACAUUGGUGGCAUGUUACCGAGCGAAGCCGCCGUUCAGUGGCCCCUCGAUCGUGUACUGCUGUGGCUUGGGAACAAUGGGUUCUCCAAAGACUGGCAAGAGACGUUCAGAGCCCUGGAAAUUGAGGGGGCAGAUUUUCUCGAGCUGGGACAUGGGUCGAAUGGCCGACCAAAUCUGGGCAAGAUGCACAAUGUUGUCUAUCCCCAGCUUGCUAAAGAAUGCGAGGCAAGUGGUACGGGGUGGGAUCAGACCCGUGAGCGAGAAGAGGGAAAACGCAUGCGCCGGUUGAUCAAGCAGAUUCAUGAUGACGGGAGCUACGAUGCUGAGAUCUCCAUCCAGAAGCGACGCGAUUCUCACCCUAACAGUGCCCCCGAUGCUGGAUCUGAGGCUUCACCGAAGCCAACUUAUGAGCCCCGGUCCGCUGGCCCCGGCUCAGGAAAUGUUGCAAGCAGCCCUAAUCUCAAGGCCCCCCAGCCUGCUUAUAGCCAAAGACAGAGCGUGCAGAUGCGCUCCUUCACAACACCCAUACCCACAACUCAUGAUUAUUCGUCUUCCGAGCUUGCUACAAGCGAUGCUAAUACGAUGUGGCCCCGAUCCGAUUAUUCGCGAGCCGUGUUGUCUAGUAUUGGCGAUCAUCACAGGCAAAGCCCUUCGAUUUCCAGCGAUGGCGGGACCUUUCAAAUUCCUAUCCGAUCGUACGAAGACAGUCCUAAGAGCGGGAGCCCAGCUAUGCAACAUGCGACCCUCGCACAGGCCGGGCCUUCGUCAUCCAUGGGGGAUCUGGGUGUCAAAUCCGAACACUCGCGCGGGAACAGUUCUGAUUCAACAACGGGGCGGCGUUACUAUGAGUCGAUUAGGCAAGACAACGGGGUUCGUCCUUCGCCGCAGGAAUCAUAUAACCGCCAUUCCGGCGGAGAAACCCCGUCCUCAUACCCAAAGGAUCACCGCAAUGGUCUUCUGGGGUUUUUCAAAAAACGAUCCAAGGCAGGCGAUUCCAAUCACCCGUCGCCGGAGGAGCAGUUUCUGGAAUCUCCCACCAGCCCGGUGAACAUGCGACAGAAUGGCUCUCAUUUACCUUAUUCUAAACCGAAUUUCAGUGCCAGUGAUAUGUCAUUGGGUGAGCGUCCAUCGUCUUCGUCUAUGUCGGACCACGAACGACUGGCAUUGCGAGGCAAGCCAAUGCAAAAGAGCAAGAAGUGGACCUUUGUGACGCUGGACGGAUGGAACUAUCGCUUGGUUGACAUAACGGAGAUGGACUCCGUGGAGACAUUGCGAUCUGCCAUAUGCCAAAGCCUGGGGAUCGCCGAUUGGACUGGCGCGCAAAUUUUCCUGACAGAGCCCGGUCAGACCGAACACGAUGAGCCUUUGAGUGACACCAGCUUGGCUUUAUGUCGAAGAACAAAAUCAGACACAACUGGUUCAUUGAAGCUUUUCGUCCGGGGUUCGCACAUGCAACUAGGUGCAAACAGCUCUACCCUCUUCACUGGUCUGGGGGUUUCGAUUCCAGACAAAAGCACUUCCUCGCCAACAUCUGCUCAUCACCUUCACAGAAAGCCGCUGGAUGAUGAAGCACUCAAUAGAAUCUCACCUCACAAUCCAGCCAAGCCCACGUCUCCUCAGAUUUCUUCGCGACAACAACUCAAGGCUCCCGCUGCUAAGCUAACUCCACAGCCAUCAAUCACCGCGUCUCCGAUUGACGGUGGGGCAGAAGUAGGACUACCUACUGACGCGGAGAAAGCAGACUUGCUGGCCCGACACGAGGAACAUCUGCGUGAGGUAGAGCGGAAGCAGAGGGCCUACCGCAUCUCAAAGGUCCCCCCUAUGCCACAGCCAAGAAAGGACGCAUAUGGCGAAACUGGCUACCGGCGUGAAGGCGUCAUUGAUUUUGACGUGCCCCGUACUUCUCCUUACGAAGACAAGAAGUCAGAAACGCUUGUGCCACUUCGCAAACCCCCCACGGCACCUCACGAAUCAAGCACGCUCACCAAAGUGAACUCGCUAAGAAAGAAAGACGCCGAGCGUCCCCGCAUUCAAACCACAACCCAAAGUCAUGGUCUCGGGGCAGUGUUGGCUAGCGUUGGUAGGAUGACCAGCGCCAUUGGAACCCCGUCGCCAUCAGUGCCGACCCCGACAGCUACGAGCAGUCAGGAGCUGAAGGGACCGUCCCAAUCAUCUACGGAGCAAGACAACCAAACUACACCGACGGUUCACUCCAGUCAGUCUCCUGCACAACCUUCGUCUACAACCCCCGUAGAGCCGAGACCCGCUAUACAGUCUCGCAAGUCCUUUGGACCCGAGUUCGACUUCGAAGAGACCAAGGUCUCCUUCCAAGGUUCACCGGUGCCACAGGAGGAGUCUGAUGACGACUCCGAUGAUGGUCUUUUUGCUAUUCCCCUAGCAAAUACCAAGACUCCAGUCAAAGAAAAUGCGCCCGUGGCCAUUUCGCCGGAAUCCCAAAGGCGAGCCGGGAAACCGUCCCUCACGUUGAAUACCGAAAAUAGGCUACGGAAGGGACUAUCCGUUAGCUUCAGAUCCCCCAGUGCUUCCCGCGAAACGUUUGCCAGCUCUAGCGGGGAGUCGAGUAACAGGAACGCAUCCUUUUCUGACCUGAGUGCCUCGCCGGAGGAAGAGAGACCACCUCGCAGGGAUUCAUUUGCCCAAGGCGAUCUCUGGGCAAGCAGACCUCCAGUUGAGGGCGUCAUUGACCACCUUGACGACUUCUUCCCGGAUAUCGAUCUUGAUACACCUUACCUAGACGGACAGGGCAUGUCGCCUCCAUCAUCACCAGCUUCCAAGGUUGCGGCCGAGAACGACAAAGGCCACAAGGAAAAGCCAGAUGGCUUACCAUAUACCACCCCACAACAUCCACCUGCCUCGGGUGACAAUGCUUCCAGCGCUAGCGAGCCACCCAUAAAGCCCCAGGAUCCAGGUGUCGUUGCUCGCCGGAAUGUCAGCCGCUCUGGGGGCGGACUCACCCGGAUGAAGUCUAUUCGAGAGGUGGCGAAGGGGGCCAACCAAGCCAGUCGGAAUCGAAGCGUAACAUCGUCUACUGGCAACCAGAGAUCGGGUGAUAUUUUGCGUCGCAAGAGCACCAAGAUGUUCGGCGCCAAGAUUAUGCAGAUCAGUCCGAAGCGUGGCAGCCGACUUAGCCAGCUUGACCCGAUCCCUCAGAAUCAUGCGCCGCCCGGAAACUUGCCCCAGAGACAGCCCACUUUCCGUAUCAUCCGUGGUCAGCUUAUCGGCAAAGGAACUUAUGGCCGGGUAUACCUAGGCAUGAACGCUGAUAAUGGUGAAGUUCUGGCGGUGAAGCAAGUGGAGGUCAAUGCACGGAUUGCGGGAACCGAUAAGGACCGCAUCAAGGAGAUGGUCGCCGCUAUGGAUCAAGAAAUCGAUACGAUGCAACAUCUUGAGCAUCCUAACAUCGUGCAGUAUUUGGGUUGCGAACGUGGCGAAUUCUCCAUCUCAAUCUACCUCGAAUAUAUUUCUGGUGGUUCCGUCGGUAGCUGUCUUCGCAAGCAUGGCAAGUUUGAGGAAAGCGUUGUGCAAUCUCUCACGCACCAGACCCUGAGUGGACUGGCGUAUCUCCAUAACCAGGGCAUCCUUCAUCGCGAUCUUAAGGCCGACAACAUUCUUUUGGAUCUCGACGGGACGUGUAAGAUCUCCGACUUUGGAAUUUCAAAGAAGACGGACAACAUCUACGGAAACGAUUCCACCAACUCCAUGCAAGGAUCGGUGUUUUGGAUGGCGCCCGAGGUCAUCCAAUCCCAAGGACAAGGCUACAGCGCCAAGGUUGAUAUCUGGUCUCUUGGCUGCGUGGUAUUGGAGAUGUUUGCUGGCCGUCGGCCAUGGAGCAAGGAAGAGGCCAUUGGAGCUAUCUUCAAACUCGGUAGUCUGAGUCAGGCGCCUCCAAUCCCCGAUGAUGUUUCCAUGAAUAUCACUCCAGCAGCGCUCGCCUUUAUGUACGACUGCUUUACAGUGGAUUCGCGUGACCGCCCAACCGCCGAGACUCUCCUAACCCAUCCCUUCUGUGAACCCGAUCCGAAGUACAAUUUCUUGGAUACCGAGCUUUAUGCCAAGAUUCGCCACGUCCUCUAA